AUGGGAAACGACGGUGGAUCCAUUGCGCGCCGUGACGACUUGGUGAAAACCAAGGCGACCGGCCCCAUCUCGGUAGAUCGGGACGAAAUGCGGCACACGCAAUGGACCUUGUGCCGCAUCUCGCGACAAAAGCUACGUGCGCCGAUUAUGAUCGAUCGGCUUGGGCAACUGUACAACAAAGAGGCAUUGAUUGAGUAUUUGUUGCGCAAGAGCACAAAGACAGUCAGUGAGGCUGAGACGAAAGUGGCAGGUCAUAUUCGGGGUCUCAAGGAUGUACGUCAAGUGCAACUGCAUGUGAAUCCCACGCACGAAGCGGCAGGCGGAGAUGCGUUGUACUACCCUUAUGCAUGCCCGUUAACGCAGCGUGUAAUGAAUGGGAAGCACAAGUUUGUAUGCCUGUGGCCGUGUGGGUGCGUGAUGAGCGAAACAGGUUUGCGAGAGACGGCGUUCCCUGGCCAGAAAAAGCGCCCAGAGGACAAAGCGACGACACCAUGUCCACAGUGUGGCGUCCUGUUUGGCCAUGAUGCGUUGUGGAAGGACGAGCCGAGUGUCGACGCGGAUCUCAUCUGGCUAUACCCGCCCACGGCGACGCAAGCGAUGCUGCGGGAGCAGUUGGUCGCCCACGCUGCGGCCUCUCGCAAGAAGCGCAAGGCGAAGCAGGUCGACAACGACACCACCAAACGUGUACGAGCCGCUGUGGACGUGGAUACCACGCCCUCGCUCAAUCAAACAGCACCUGGUGCCUAUGCGGUGCAACAAGUUCGCGCCGCGCAGGCCCAGGCAGCGCAGCAUGAAGCUGCGUCGUAA